GCACGGAGAGAGCGGGCGGUGAUAGAAGAAGAGAGCGAGCGGAGAGAGAGAGCGACAAGAGCGAGGGGAGGACGCGGGGGGAGAGUGUCGGAGAGUGGGGAGAGAGCCGGCGACGCCAUGGGGGUGCCCAAGUUCUACCGCUGGGUGAGCGAGCGGUACCCGUGCCUGAGCGAGGUUGUGAAGGAGCACCAGAUCCCAGAAUUCGAUAACCUGUACCUGGACAUGAACGGGAUCAUCCACACGUGCUCCCACCCAGACGACACGGACGUGCACCUGCGAAUCCCCGAGGAGAAGAUUUUCUCCGACAUUUUCCACUACAUUGAGGUGUUGUUCAGAAUAAUCAAACCCAGAAAAGUGUUUUUCAUGGCUGUGGACGGAGUUGCUCCCAGGGCUAAGAUGAACCAGCAGCGUGGUCGGCGAUUCAGAAGUGCUAAGGAAGCUGAGGAUAAAAUAAAAAAGGCAAUUGAAAAAGGUGAAGUCCUCCCCACUGAGGAAAGAUUUGAUUCCAACUGCAUUACACCAGGCACAUUUUUCAUGGCGCGGCUGCAAGAGCGCCUCAAGAGCUUCGUGUCGGACAAGCUGGACACCGACCGCCUGUGGCAUGGUGUGACCGUGUUCUUAUCUGGCCACGAGACCCCCGGCGAAGGAGAACACAAAAUCAUGGAGUUCAUCAGAGCUCAGAAAAUCCGGGCCGAUCACGACCCCAACACUCGGCACUGCCUCUACGGCCUUGACGCCGACCUGAUCAUGCUGGGCCUCACCUCGCAUGAGCCUCACUUCUCCCUGCUGCGUGAAGAAGUGCGGUUUGGGGGGAAAAAGUCGCAGAAACGGAGCGUGGCGCCAGAAGAAACGACCUUUCACCUGCUGCACCUCUCGCUCAUGCGGGAGUAUCUCCAGUACGAGUUCGAAGAGCUGAAGGCAUUGCUGCCCUUCCCGUUCAGCGUGGAGCACGUGAUCGAUGACUGGGUGCUCAUGGGCUUCCUCGUUGGGAACGACUUCAUCCCCAACCUGCCCAACCUUCACAUUGCCCAGGAUGCACUUCCACUGCUCUAUCGCACGUACAUCAAAGUGCUUCCCACUCUUGAUGGCUACAUCAACGAAUCGGGGAUUUUGAACCUGCCCCGGUUUGAACAGUACCUCGAUGCGCUCUCCAAGUUUGACCGAGAGCACUUCAAUGAAGUCUACGUUGAUCUGAAAUGGUUUGAAGGAAAAACUGGAAACAGAGAGAAGGAGAAGGAUGAUGUGUCUCGGCUUCCUCUGGAGGUUCAUAUGGGGAUGGGAAAUCCUCCGGCGAGGGACGGAGUCAGUGCCUCACAGAUUCCAGAGGACAGGGAAAGGGAUGAGCUGUUUGAGCUGGAAUUUGCGCAUUACAAGCGGAAUUACUACAUGACCAAGAUGGAGGUGGAAGCUGUCACUGACGAUUUUUUGGCGAAACAAGCUCUGUGUUACGUGGAAGCCAUUCAGUGGAUCCUGCAUUAUUACUACAACGGUGUGGCAUCAUGGGGAUGGUUCUAUCCCUACCACUACGCCCCAUUUGUGUCCGACGUGCGUGGAAUUUCAAAGCUGGAACUUAAGUUAAAUCUGGGCCAGCCCUUCCUGCCCUAUCAACAACUCCUAGCUGUGCUGCCUUCUCUGAGCAAACAACUGUUGCCACAAGCCUACCAGAGCCUUGUGUCGGAUGAGACAUCUCCGCUGCACGAUUUCUACCCUAAAGAUUUCAACACCGAUCUCAAUGGUAAGCAGCACGAGUGGGAGGCCGUGGUGCUGGUGCCCUUCAUCUGCGAGAAACGUCUCCUGGAAGCGAUGAAGUCGUGCGAGCACCUCCUGACGGAGGAGGAACGCCAGAGGAACGUUCACUCGGCGUGUCUGGAGUACCUGUCCAGCAGAACGCCCAGGUGCGUUGAGGUGCCCAUGGACGCCUGGCACGUGAAGACCAGGAAACCGCAGACGGAAUACUCCACCCCCACCCUCUUCUACCCGGGCUUUCCCACCCUCAAGCAAAUCCCACACAAGUUCUACUUCAAGAAGGCCGGCGUCACGGUGUUCCAGCACAAAAGCAGAGGAGAGAGCAUCAUCCUCGAAGUAUUGCCCAAGAACAACGAAAUGGCGACGGAGGAGCUGGCUGCCACCUUGCUUGGUCGCCCCGUGUUUGUGAACUGGCCUCAUCUGGAGGAGGCGCUGGUCAUUGCGGUGGCAGACUUCAAAAUCAAGCUGAGUGUGCAAGGGGAGGGUGCAGUGGAUAUCAAGAGGGUGCAGCUUUCUAAAGAAGAGGAGAAAAAUGUGCGGAAAGAUAUGCUCGCCAUUACUGAACAAUACAUGAACAGGAAGGGCGUGGUGGUGCCCACCUCGGGGUGCGUGCUGUACGCGCACCCACUCGUCUCUCGUCGCUACGUGUUCACGCAGCGUGGCUGCGCCACUCUGCAGCGCCAGUGGGCCGCCAACGCCUCCCCCUUCAUGCUGCACACCUCACUCAAGGAUAUUUGCACACCCGAAGUUGCUGCUAGCCACAGCAAGACCUUAGAGGAGAUCUUCCCGCUCAACUCCACGGUGUUCAUGCUAGGCACCCCUCACUAUGGCUGCCAGGGCGAGAUUUUGGAUUCGUCCGACAUCAUCCCUGAGGGACGAAUUCGAGUGAUGUUCACCGUCCCGUACGAGCCCAACCUGCAACCGGUCAUUCAGAACCAGCACAGGUUUGCAGUGCGCUAUAGCCCAGGCUACGUGCUCGCCAACCGCCUGGCAAUAUCGGGGCACGUGCUCUCGCGUAUCACGGGCACGCUACUCGUCGCCAAAGGCUCCAGGAAAUGCCCCAAGGGGGAUCAGAAAUGCAACCUGGGGCUCAAUCUCAAAUUCAACAGAAAAAACGAGGAGGUGUCCGGUUACACGAAGCGCGUCGAAAAUGAGUGGCUCUACUCAGCCGCGACAGAGUUGCUGCUCGGCCAGUACGUCGAGAGAUUUCCAGAGCUUUUCAAAUAUUUGGCAAGCAACUCGCAGAGUGACAUGUUUUACGAGGAUGAAAUCUGGUCGUCUGAAGAAGAGAACAGCUCGGAGCGCGUGCACGAGGUGCUCGAUUGGCUGAAGUCGCUGCCCGCGUCCAGCGCAUCGCGCUCGUCCUGCGACACGCAGGUCCUCGACGCCGGCGUGGUCGAGCGCCUCGAGCAGGAGAUAGAUGCCCACAAGGCUAUGAAAAACAAGAAAAAAGUAAAAAUCAGUGUGAAGCCGCAUCUGCUGUUCCGGCCCGAGGAGUCGCUGGGCUACGUGAUCCCAGACCCGCAGGCCAAGUUCCAGCUGUUCGACCGAGUGGUGAACGUCCGCGAGAGCUUCUCGGUGCCGCUCGGCUUGAGGGGAACCUUGAUCGGCAUUCACGGUGCUGAACGUGAAGCAGACAUCCUCUACGAAGUCUUGUUUGAUGAAGAGUUUGUUGGAGGUCUGACCAUAAGGUGCACGUCGGGCCGCGCGUACCGCCUGCCUCCGUCGGCCCUCGUGAACCUGUCGCACGGCACGCGUGGCUCGUUCGAGCUGCUGGGCCCCAACGUGGGCAAGCUGGCCACGGCCCCGCAGCCGCUGCACGUUGGAAACGACUUCCGAGGCCCCCGCAAAACCCCAACCAAUCAGCCGCUGGCGGUGCUCACCUCCGCGGGAAGACUCAACCACUCGCCCACCUCGCCGUUUCUGCCAACAAACGAUGGAUUCGUAUCCCUUUGGGAAAAGCUGCAAGAUAGUAAACCUGGGAACAACACCAAUGAAGCAGAAGUCAGCAAGCCCAACAUCUCCAUCCUCGCCCGGCCAGUGCAGAGCGCCCCUCAACCUCAACCGCAGCCAGCCCAAGGGAUCUCCAGUGAAUUCCAAAAACUUCUGUCGUCACUGAAAGUCGGUGAAAAUGAAUCGAGUCAUCCGAAACCUCAGCAAGACAGUGGCCCGGGGCCCAGCCCCAAUGACCUCGACACCCACUUAUUUGUGCAGAAAGGGACUGAGACGCUCAUGCAGCUGCUGAAAAUUGACAAGCAACCGGCACGCGAUGCAAAAGCCACCACCGGCCCCGGUGACCGAGAGCCGAGAGCCGGGGCUGUGCCGGCCGCCACACACCCUGCGGCGGCCAAGCCGGAGCCGGACGCAGUGAACGUGUCUCACCGGCCCCCCCUGCUGCCAAACGUGCCCCGCAUGGGCCCCCCACAACCACUCCAGCAGAUGAUUGCCGGACAGUCGUUCCCGUGCAACAUGUACCAGCCUAUGCGGAUGCAGGGCCUGCAGCCGCCAACCACCUCUCUCCAAGGUGCUGCUUUUACCCUGCCUCACUCGCAGCCGUAUUUCCACCCGAUGCCCUGGCAACCCAUCAUCUCUUCCCCCCAACACCGCUACCACCUGCAGGCGAUGAAUCAGCCUCCGUUUCACAUGAGAUUCGCUCCUCCGAAUCACGCCAUACCCCAUCAGCAGCCACGAAUGAUGACCACAGCCAAUCAAAAGCUGCCCCAUCAGCAUACGCAGGCGUAUUCAAGCGGUCGUAAAACAAUGCCCCAAGUAUUUACGCAACCACCACAGCAGUUCUCAACUAAUCAAAAUGCAGCGGCCGGCUUUGGAUUCUCCAAUCAGAGCGCUCCGCAUCAGACGAAGCGACUGCAGCAAGCCAAUGAACCCGCAGCGUCCGCGCAUCUGUCCCAAUUUGUUCCACUCCAGGUGUACAGGCAGCAGGUGACUCACAGCAACCCUCUCCAAGCAGCUAAUCCGGCCGCUCACGCUCACCCACAGCCCCUGAAGGCGUCGCCUCAAGCCGCGGAGCUCCGACCUGAAGUGGUGCCGGCCGUGGUGGUGCACACCGGAACCGCCCUGGCGCAGCCGGACUCUGAGGACGCACCGCCAGCGGGGGCCUCCGAGUCGCGCUCGUCUGCUGCCUCCACCGCCACGCUCGCAAAGGAAGAGCAGGACCAGCCUCCGCAGCUACCGGCGGAUUGCAUUGCAGCGACAUCCAAAAAGAGAAGGGCUCGCAAGCCGGCAAAUUUGGCCGUUAAUUUCGGAGGCCAAAUGCCAAAAUAGGUGCGUACACCAGCGCCGCGUGGAACGGUCCGUUCUCGAAAGGCAGGCCGGUGACGCAGGGCUGCGGUGGAGAGUGUGGGGUGGAGACACGGUGGUAGCGAGCGGAUUAACGACUGGCAAGAGGCGCAUGCUUGAUUGAAGACUCUGGAAGAGUUGGCUUGGGCCCAGAAUAACCACGACUUAGGCGAGUCUUGGUAGAGACGAGUAAAUGAAAUGCAGUGUGAAAUAAAACUCGAUCUUAGUGUUCUCCACACUUGAGUGGUUCAUGGGGCCCAUUGUAUUUGGUGAAUGAGGACAGAAAAGUGGUGUUGCAACUUCCAGAAAAUAACCCAGAGUUUUCAGAGUGCCUGCCAUUUUUAAAGACUCUCGGUAAAUCUUAGUGCGUCGUCUUCUUGCAUUGCAAUGCAGAUACAUCGUGCUCGACUUGCUGGCUUGUGAUGAAAAUCAAACCCACAGUGGAAUACCUUGAAUUGUAGCUCGACGGCUGGGGAUGCUGAAAAUACUAAAAGCAAUGGGCUGGAAAUUUUGGACUUAAGUUAUGUUAGUGUUGACAACAAGCUGGAACAUAUUUUGAGCCCCUUUUUAAUUCCGAGUUAACCAGCGGUCUCUUCAGCAGAGCAGAGUAUCGCAGCAGCAGCAGCGGCGGUGGCGGGCGGAGUGUUGGAUCAGAGCAGCAGUGGAACCACUUGGUUGAGUGUGGCUCACUUCCUCGCUGGGGGCGCUUGCAGACAAGCGAUACCGGCAGAACAUCACGCCACGCGACCGCGUCGCCUUCACUUGACCAGGUGUAACCCGUUGAGACACGCCCGAACCUCAUCGCCUCGUUUUCAAGGGAUAUUAAGGGCGACUUGUUUCAUUUUGUAGAAUCGUUUAGGGUCUGGUUGUAUAUAAUGAUACGUGCAGGAUUCAUCGUUGAUGUUUGGGUUAGGUCACUUUAAUGAUCUGGACAAAUUUGUAUAAUUUAGGGCUCCUCCACCACCCAACAUAGUCAAACAAAUUAAAAUCGUAAUUCAAAGAACAACUGUUGACAACCAAAUUCACCGUUUAGAUGUGUAGAGUUUCACUUGAAACUAUGUCAAGCAUCAGGUUUACAUGCAGGAAGUCUGGACCCAGAUCAUUCCACGUGGCCUCUAACCCAUAUUGGCUGAGAAACCUUGCGUGUCAAGUUCAUACGUGCAUAUUUAUCGCAAGUGAAAAAAAUCUGCCAAGGUGCUUCAAUAAUGAGUGAAUGUUUUUAAAAUGUGUUUGGCGUUUUAAAAUGUUCCCCUCUGUCAGGCUCAUGGCACGCAGAGCAGCAGGAGGUUGACCGAGUGCUCGCGCACUCCAAUUAUCUGUUCUUUUUAAAUUGCCAAAAAGUUAUUUCCAUGAAUUGGGUUAACAUGGCCGUACUUUUUAUUCCAAACAUAUUAACUUACUUUACUAAUUGCAUACGUUGUGCUUGAGUAAUCUCAUUAAAACUUUUUACAUAAUUUGUCGGAAUAAAUUUAUUGCCACCUACUGGUUUAUACCGUUUCACUGGUUGUUAUUUUUAAGCAAGUACUUCGAAGCGUGUAAUUUUUGCAUAAAAUGUGUUGCUCUUGUCGUACAAAAUAAAACUCUUAACACAUUCGAAUGAACAUUUGUUAGAGUACGACGUCACUGUGGCGGAGGGGGGGGCGGUCAUUGUUAAGCCAAACAAAACGAUUACAGCGUCCCCGUCGAGGGAGACUGACGCUCAACGUUUGGACGCGUCAGACUCGCUGGGUUGGGACUCCACGCGGGCAGUCAACAUCGCCCACCGACCGGCAGACCGAUGUGACGCUUGCGUGCCGGGUGCCUUGUUAUCUUGUGCCGCACGGGACAGCUGCCACUGGGAGUGCCCUUUGAGAUGAGGUGGUGGAAGGCGCUUAUCGCUUGCAAAGCCCAGUUGCACACGGGAAAGGUGUUCUAAUUAUGGAUCCCUUAGGUGCAGUUUCAUUUGUGUUGCUGUCGUGGACUUGGUGGCUGUGUAAAAUACUGUCUGCCUACUUGGGUUCCUCAUGAAGUGGUCAUUUUAAAGCACACAACAGGUGAUGGCGAUAUCCGCGCGGAAGUUUGCUCGUGCUUUUUCGGUUUGGUGAUCUUUACUUUUAACUUUUUGCGCGUAUUUGUUGGUAUGUAAAUGAAAUUGCAUCAGAAGUGUGACCAUUAAACGUGCUUUUAAAUGUUUAGACUCGUGGAAGAGAUACAUUUACAUGAAUAAUCCUAAGCUUCAGUUUAAACAUUAUAAAUAAAUGUAAUCAUUGUAGUCCGAUGGCUAUUUUUGUAAUUACGUUUUUAAGAUUAAACUGAUGAUCUCAGGAAUCUGAAAUAAAGUUAUCAUGUCAUCUUUA